CGAGAUUUCAACCGGACAGAUGAGGAGAUGAUGUUAAAAUUUAACAGUUAAAUAGAGUGAGAAUAAAAAACAGUGAAGGUCUAAUGAUCAGAAACAAAGGUCUGCUCUCUGAUCAAUCAAUAUUAUUGAUCAUUAAGUAUAAACAAGGACAAAACAUAAACAACAUAAACCUGUCUUUGUCCUCAGAAACACGGGAGAGGAAACUUCAGUUUAGAAGAGCCGUUUGGAAUUACAGUAAAAACAUCUGAUCGAGGAGGAAACGGAAAUAUCUGACGGUCAGUGAAGGCAGCAUUUCUCUGUGUUCAGAAUACUGAGCAGGAUUAAUCCGGUUUAAUCCUGUCAGGAAAAAUAAACAAUCAUAAUAAUAAUAAUUAUAUUAUUAUUAUUAUUGUUAUAUUUAGUCUGUAUUUAUUGUAUAUAUUUAGUAUUUUUAGUAUUUUCAGUCUGUAUUGUACUUCUUCUUAUAUUUAAUUUUAUUUUGUAAAGUCUAUCUAUCUAUAUAUCUAUCUAUCUAUCUAUCAGUGUGUAAUACUUGAAGUGUCCAUCAGGGGGCAGUAUCAGCCCUACAGUGAAAUCAAACUCAGUGUUUUUCUGUUUUCUGUUCGUUUUAGAGUUUAAUAGAAAUAAAGACAUCAGUCAGUUUAUUCUACAAACGAAUGACUUAAUUUACCCACUGAGGGAUGAAAAAUAAUAAUCUGAUCUAAUCUGAUCUGAUCUAAUCUGAUCUAAUCUAAUCUGAUCUAAUCUGAUCUAAUCUGUUUAUGAGUUUUCUGCGGAGGAGUCCAGGAUGAGGAGGUUCUGUUGUUCUGAUUCGUCUGUAAAUUUGAUCUUUUUUUUUGUCUAAGGUCUAAAAAGUGAAACUCGCUCUCAGCAGAAACUCGCUCUCACAGAUUAGAGCCUCUUAUCUCACGUUUACGGCUCUCUCUCUCUCUCUCUCUCUCUCUCUCUCACUUCUCCUCAGACCUGACUCACGCUUUGUUAUUUGUGGCGAAGGGUUAAUUUGAGGCGGGUGGGGGGGCGUCUCUCUGAAUGGAGUCAUGUGACCUACAAACACUGUCUGAACUCGUCUGGAGUUUCCAUUCCUUCACCUCCCUGACUUCCCUCCAGGGCAGGAACAGGCCCUUAUAUGGGCAGAGUGGGCGGGGCUGGGCUGAGAUAAAACCAGUGGUGAUGAUGAAACCCGUCAGUAAUCCGCUCCUCGCUCUCUCUGAACAGUGACGGAAUAAUCUGAUGGAAGGAUGUUUCUACAGCCGCUCUGGACCUUCUUCCUCCAUCACUCCUCCACCCUCGCCUCACCCGUCUUCCCCGUCCUCUUCUCCCUCCUGGUCUACCUGACCUUCUGCCUGCCCUUCCUCCUGCUGGACCUGCUGUCCCCCAGGUGGGCCCUGGUGCGCAGGUACAAGCUGCAGCCUCAGAGCUCGUUCAGCUGGGCCUCGGCGCGGAGCUGCCUGACUCUGACGCUCUACAACCACCUGCUCUUCAUCUUCCCGCUCACGGUCCUGCACUGGUACCUGCGGCCCGUCCACCUGCCCACCGAGGCCCCGCCCCUCCCUGGCCUGCUGGCUCAGGUGUUGGUCUGCCUGCUGCUCUUUGACUUCCAGAGCUUCACCUGGCACCUGCUGCACCACAGGAUCCCCUGGCUCUACAGGAACUUCCACAAGGUGAGGACCCCCUGACCCACCUGAGACCCUCACCUGUCCCCCCACACCUGAGACCCUCACCUGUCCCUGACCCACCUGAGACCCUCAGUCCAGAAGAGUCUUUCCUUAAUCUCUCCUCUCUCUCUCAUUCUACUCCUCCAGGUGCACCACACCUACACCUCCACCUCGGCCCUCACAGCCGAGUACUCUGGCGCCUGGGAGACCCUCAGUCUGGGCUUCUUCGCCGCCUGUAACCCCGCCCUCCUGGGAGCGCACCCCCUCACCGAGAUGACCUUCUUCCUGCUCAACAUCUGGCUGUCGGUGGAGGACCACUGCGGCUACGACCUGCCCUGGGCCACGCACCGCCUGGUUCCCUUCGGCCUGUACGGAGGAGCCCGCCACCACGACCUGCACCACCUGAAGUCCAAGUACAACUACGCCCCCUACUUCACGCACUGGGACCGGCUCUUUGGGACGCUGUUGACGCAGGAGGACUGAGCGGACCUCCAACGUCUGUCAAGGUCAGAUACCUUCAGGUCCAAGUUUGAAACUUCAGAGCAGAACGUGGAGAACUUCUGCCGAGUCCAGAAGAACUUUUGAAAGACCCACAAAGUUUCUGAGCUGACGGAGAUGUUCCUGAUGUUCCUGAUGUUUCCGAGAUGAAGAACCCAGAAGUCUCUGAAGAAAGAGAUUCUUAUGUUGAAGAACUUUGAAAAAGUUCCUGGACCGAAGGAGAACCCUGAAGGACACUUUUGGAGUUCUUACUGAAAUGACUGUUUAAAGAACUUCUGGAGAACCGUGUGACUACUGAAGAACCUGAAGUAUCAUGAAGGAGGACCAGAACCCCCUCUGAGGAUGAGAGGAGAACCUCAGAGAACUUCAGGGGGUCUCAGACCGUUCUGGGUCCAAACUUCAACAGCACUUAUUCAAAAACCAGCAGGUCGAGUUUUUCCUGCUGAGAUCUCCUCUUUUAUAUUAAAAGGCU